AUGAGGAAGAGGAGAGUAAACCAAGAUGGAGUUCAUAUUUCAGAGCUCCUUUCAAACCUUACUGUUUCAAACAAAGAUGCCCAACAGAGAAACAGGCCUGAGGCUAGAAAGCCAGCUAAUGAGACUCAGAAGAAACUUAGUGGGAAGAAACAAAGGAAUGAUGUAGUUCAGAAAAGUUCAGAUUGGUGCUGUACAAGCAUCAAGUUUUUGCUGCUUCUCUUCGUUUUCACUUUAGUGGGAACAGCCGUUUAUUGCUACGAGAAAGAUUGCAGUAAAUUAACAGGAGAAAUCGUAGGGUCAGGAGCUACUUUAUUGAAGGCCAUCGAUAAGCAAAGAUUUGAGAUGGAAGCCAUGAAAACCUCUUUUGAAACCCUAAAGCAUCGAAUUAUGAACGAGCCCUUUUCUGAAGAGACUGAGAAAUUAAUGGAGUAUUACUCACAUGUUCUACAUAAAUCUGAUUAUUUCAACAAGAUACAUUCCAGUCGUUUAAACCCUCCUGAGCAAACAUUGGCGAUCGCUGGGAAUCAGCCAAGCGCAUUGGAAGAACUGGUUGAUAUUGGGAGCAAGAUCUGGAGCGUUGUUUCAAUUGGCCUACUCAUCUUAUAAAAUUUCAACAUCUAAGUAUUCUCAG